CAGCGAUGGAACCUUCUUAUCAAAACACCCCUGUCACCUACCCUGUCUAUCUCGGGCACUUGGACCCGACGAGUAUCAAUGAGAGAAACAGACCAAUCGAAGGAGAUGCAGUGAUUUAAUGGACUGACUAUGGAAUCACGAGUAUAAAUGGAACCCACAACGACAUACCUAUCGAUCACAAGUAUAAAGAGAAACCCACCAGGCAUGUUCUACGGAGAUCAUGUAGCAAUAUCAAAGCUUUCUUACCACUGGCCAUCUCUCGGAUUCAAUUGUCCACAGUAAAUUCCUCUCAAUAUGGCAGAAGUUGAAAAGCAGCACCCCAUGGACGAAAAAUCCGUAGGGGCCAUCGACGGCGACAAGCACAAUGACGGUCUGCAGGAGGUCGGCAGCAUGAUACCCCAGAUUGAUCCGAAGAAAGAAAAGAUCCUAUUGGCGAAGUUGGACCUCUUCUUCACCCCGGUCAUCAUGUUGGUGUAUCUUUCCUGCUUCCUCGACAGGUCAAACAUUGGAAAUGUCAAAGUUGCUGGAAUGCCGGAAGAUGUUGGCGCAUCCGCCCAACAAUUUUCCACAGCGGUCUCGAUAUUUUAUGCAACCUACGUGACAUUCGAAACACCCUUUGCCAUACUGCUCAAGAAGUGGACUCCUCGGGUCCUGUUGACGAGCCUCUGCAUUGUUUGGUCUUUGACCACGAUCUUCUCGGGCUUCAUCCAAAACGUCGGGGGUUUAUAUGCCAGCCGUCUUGUGCUUGGAGCCUGCGAAGCGGGUCUUUUCCCCAGUCUGACAUUGUACCUCACAAUGGUGUACAAAAGAGAGGAGCAGGCCAAGAGAGUUGCAUAUCUUUUCAGCUGCACUGCAUUGUCGGGCGCUUUCGGAGGUCUCCUUGCUUAUGCUUUGCUCCAGAUGGAUGGUGUCGCGAACUACGCAGGAUGGCGCUGGGUCUACAUCAUCGAAGGUAUCUUCAGCAUGUUGAUCGCCGUCGCUGUUUGGUUUGGUCUACCUUCUGAUCCAGCCGAAGCAUGGUUUCUGAGUGCCGAGCAAAAGGAGUUGAUGAGAAUCCGGCACCAGCAAAGGUCUCAGUACAUGGGUAGUGACAAACUCGACUGGCAGGAAGUCCGUAUUGCCUUCCAGGACCCCAAACUAUAUCUCAGUGGAGCCAUCCAAUUCUGCCAGGACAUCCUGUUGUACGGGUUCAGCACAUUCUUACCUGCAAUUCUGAAGGCGGCAGGAUACGACACUUUGCAGAGCAACUACCUCACGGUCCCCGUGUAUAUAUUCGGAGCCAUUGCAUUCAUUGUCGCAGCUAUUGCCUCGGACAGGUUCCAGCUGCGAUCACCGUUCAUUCUGUUCGCAAAUAUGUUCGGCAUUGUUGGCUACAUCAUCCUUCUUACCGUUUCGACGGAUGGAGUCCGAUAUUUCGCGACAUUCCUCUGUGCCGUGGCUGUGUAUAACGGACCUGGGCUGAACGUAACAUGGAUUAAUGUCAAUGUUGCACCUCAUUAUCGAAGAGCGACCACCAUCGGAUUCCAACAAACCAUUGCGAACACUGCAGGAAUUGUCGCCGGUCAGAUUUACCGAAAAUCUCCCUACAAGCUGGGUCACAGCUUCUCGCUCGGCGCAUUGUGCGUGUCUCAACUUCUGAUUGUGGUGAAAAUGUUGUACAUCAGGCGGUGGAACGUCAGAAAAGAGAAGAUCGCUAAAGGGGAGAUUGAGGACACUCGGAAGUACAAGACGGGAGACAGGGAGCUUGACUUCAAAUAUCAUUUGUAGUUGCAAAAAACGUCAACGAGGUGAGGAAGAGAAAAGAACGAGCAUCAGAACAUUGAGUGAGGAGAUACGGCAAGGUCUUAAGCUUAACACGCAAGUCGUGGUCUUGGCUACGGAGAAGCAAAAAGACAAGUACCGAGGUCAAACAAUUCCUCUCGCUAGACUUUCCUCACAUCCCGAGUC